AUGUUAGACGUUUUUCGUGGAUUGAAGAAUCUUAUUAAAGUGAACUAUGUACAUAUCGAUUCACCGGUAUUCAGGUUGCACUACUCAAUCACUGUUAUUCUACUGAUCUCGUUCAGCCUGAUCGUGACGACGAGGCAGUACGUAGGGAACCCUAUAGACUGCAUACACACUAAGGACAUACCAGAGGACGUCCUCAAUACCUACUGCUGGAUCCACUCGACGUACACGCUCAAAAGUUUCUUCUACAAGAAAGUGGGUGUCGAGGUGCCGUACCCAGGCAUUGGCAACAGCAGGGAGAAAGGGGAAGAAGAUAUGAGCGACAGAAAAACCUACAAAUAUUACCAAUGGGUGUGUUUUUGCCUAUUUUUUCAGGCAAUGCUGUUUUACGCUCCUCGAUGGCUAUGGAAGUCAUGGGAGGGGGGCAAGAUAAGAGCCCUAAUGAUGGACUUAGAUGUGGGAGUGUGCACGGAGAUAGAGAAGAAGACCAAGAAGAAGUUGAUACUCGACUACUUGUGGGAGAACCUGAGGUACCACAACUGGUGGGCCUACCGGUACUACCUCUGCGAGUUUCUAGCCCUUGUCAAUGUUAUAGGGCAAAUGUUCCUGAUGAACCGCUUCUUCGACGGCGAGUUCAUGACGUUUGGUCUAAAAGUCAUCAAAUAUAUGGAAUCGGACCAGGAGGUCCGCUUCGACCCUAUGAUCUACAUAUUUCCAAGGAUGGUGAAAUGCACACUAUUCAACAAGUUCGGUUCGUCAGGCGAGGUGGAGCGACACGACGCUCUCUGCAUACUGCCUUUGAACGUAGUCAACGAAAAGAUCUACGUUUUCCUCUGGUUCUGGUUCGUCAUCCUCGGUGUUCUCACUUUCAUCACUCUUAUUUACCGAGUCGUCAUUAUCUUCUCACCUCGCAUGCGGGUGUACAUGAUGCGCAUGCGAUUCAGGCUCGUCCGCCGCGACAACAUCGACACAAUCGUCAGGCGAAGCAAGAUGGGCGACUGGUAUCUUCUCUACAUCCUAGGAGAGAACUUAGACUCGGUAAUAUUCCGGGAUAUUAUGCACGAGUUCGCAAACAAGCUGAACCACAAUUAUCAACACCACAUUCACGGUGUUCCGGACGCGUGA